CAGGGGCCUUGCGGCAAAGACUCACCAAGUUGGGUCUGGCAGAAGCCUCGGUGAGUCGGGUGUGUCUGCCGAAGGGAGAUCCGGCUCCCUCGCAGAAGUGUGGGUUGGGAUGAGUUUUGUCUGCCUUGGAGGUGUUGCUGCUGGGCUCCUGUUGUGUUUUGCAUCUGGAAUUGGGUCCUCCUUGCUUUGCCCUAAGAGGAGCCUUCUGCAUAUGUUCAGAUGCAUUCUGGCUGUAAACAUGUCUUUAAAACCAGAAGCUGGUUCUCUUGAGGAAAGCUAGCGGCAUACUGUUAAGCGGCACAGUGCCCUUCGGUGCCCUCGUUCCCAGCCCGCGCACCGGGGGUACUGCGCCCUGUCCGUGAAGCGGCCUCAGCUUUCUGGUGGUUCCUGCCCUGCCUUUUCAUGCGCCUGUGUCCUUUCUCUCUCCCCCCCACGCUCUCCGGGCCUUGCACGUUCUCUUUCGCCAUCUUCCUUGUCCUUGGUGCCAGUCUCUCUCUUUCCCUUCUUUGCAACAGAACGGCCAGUAAAAAGCACCCUCACCUGCCCAGGUUAAGCAGCCUGUCUUCCUUGGGGGACUCGGCUCCAGAACGGCGCUCUCCGGGCCACCGCCGCCAGCCGUCUGACUGCAGCGAAACAACAGGUUUGGUUCAGCGAUGCGUCAUCAUCCAGAAGGACCAGCACGGCUUCGGCUUCACCGUCAGCGGGGACAGGGUUGUGCUGGUGCAGUCUGUCCGGCCAGGGGGAGCUGCGAUGAAGGCGGGGGUGCAGGAGGGGGAUCGGAUUGUCAAAGUCAAUGGGACGAUGGUGACCAACAGCUCUCAUCUUGAGGUUGUGAAACUCAUCAAAUCUGGCGCUUACGUUGCUCUCACCCUGUUGGGCUCCCCUGCUCCAUCUGUGGGAUUCUUGAGUUCCCAGCAAGAUGGAGACCAGACGGGGCCUCCUCAGAUCGCGCCGUCGUGUCCUCCCCCGCUGCCUCCACCGCCACUCCCUCCACCUCAGCGCAUCACUGGCCCAAAGCCCUUGCAGGAUCCGGAAGUCCAAAAACACGCCACCCAGAUCCUCCAGAACAUGCUGAGGCAGGAGGAGGCGGAGCUGCAGCAUUUCUACGAGGUCUACAGCCGGAACCCGGCGUCGCCUCUCGAGGAGCAGAUCGAAGGAGCUCGCCGCAGAGUCAGCCAGCUGCAGCUGAAGAUCAGGCAGGAGAUGGGGGGCUCGGCGGCCGGCGAUUCCAGCUCCAUCGGUUCCCGUGCAGCUGAUGGCUGCCUGGACUCCCAGGAUGGCGACAGUGGCUUGGACUCGGGUCCUGAGCGCUUCCCUUCACUCAGCGAGCAGAUCUCCCUGAAUCGACAUUCUGUCUUGUCUGACCCUGGUGUGGACAGUCCCCCCCACCCCUCCCCGGUCAUCCCUGCCAAGGCCCCCCAGUCCCGCUGGGCCCACAGCUCCGACACGCCUUUCUGCCCUGUGCUGGAACAGGGCACAGAUGCAGCCCCAACGCCAAGACCACUCAUCAUCGGUCCCGAGGAGGAUUGUGACCCAGGAUACUUUAACAAGGAGGGCGACUCCCUGUUCCAGGAGCUGGGGAAGCUGAAGUCCCGGCCGGCUCACCUCGGGGUUUUCCUGCGCUACAUCUUUUCUCAGGCCGAUCCAAGCCCUCUGCUCCUGUACUUGUGUGCUGAUGUUGGCCAGCAGAUGAACCCCAAGGAGGCUCGGGGGCUCAGCAAGGACAUCUGGAACAUCUUUUUGGAGAAAAAUGCGCCGCUGAGAGUAAAGGUCUCCGAUCUGUUACUGGCUGAAAUAGAGUCCCGGCUGCAGAACGGGGAGGAUGUGCGGAGCGCCUUCUCAGAGGUGCAGGAUGCAGUCUUGCCUGAGAUUCAGGAGCAGAUGCAGGAUUACAGGACCAAGCGCACCAUGGGGCUGGGGAGCUUAUAUGGGGAAAACGACCUUCUCGACCUGGACGGAGACCCCCACAAGGAGCGGCAAGUGGCCGAGAAGCAGAUGGCUCAGCUCGGGGACAUACUAUCCAAAUAUGAAGAGGACAGGAGCUCCCCCAUGAGUUUCGCCUUGAGCACUUACGUGGGCCACUUGGGAAUCCGCACCCGGGAGGUCCGCCUGGCCGGCACCGCUGAGAAGUUGCAAGCCCAGGAGAAGGAGAAAUGGCUGCCGUUCUUCCCCAAGGCCAAGAAGAGCGGCAGCAGCACCAAGAAGGACAAGGAGGCCUCGGAGGACAAGAGGCGGAACCCCAUCCUGAAGUACAUCGGGAAGCCCAAGAGCUCCUCCCAGAGCACAUUUCAUGUCCCUUUGUCCCCCGUCGAAGUUAAACCUGGCAAUGUGAGGAACAUCAUCCAACACUUUGAGAACAGCCAGUAUUAUGAGCCCCAGGAGCCUGGCGCCCAGCGCCUGUCCACCGGCAGCUUCCCCGAAGAUCUCCUGGAGAUGGACAGCUCCAGGGCGGAGGUCAGGCUUGGCCGGUCAGAGAGCCUGAAGGGCCGGGAGGAGCUGAAGCGGCUGCGGAAGGCAGAGAACGUGCCUCGCUCCCGGAGCGACGUGGACAUGGAGGCUGCGGCCGAAGCCACCCGGCUCCACCAGUCGGCCUCCUCCUCGGCCUCCAGUCUCUCGGCCAGGUCACUGGAAAAUCCCACUCCACCCUACACUCCCAAAAUGGGGCGCAGGAGCAUUGAGUCCCCCAGCCUGGGCUUCGGCACGGAGGCCGUCCUGCCCCACGUCCUGGAGGACGAAUUCAGUCACCACUCUGACCUGGAGCCAGAGCUGGACUCGCAGAACUGGCAGCACACCGUUGGCCGGGACGUUGUGGCGUCUCUGCCCCAGAGGGAGGUUGAGCGCCAGGAGGUCAUCAACGAGCUCUUUGUGACGGAGGCCUCCCACCUGCGGAUCUUGCGUGUUCUGGACACCGUCUUCUACCAGCGCAUGAGGAAGGAGAGCCUGCUGCCUCGGGAGGAAGUGGCGCUGCUCUUCCCCAACCUUCCAGACCUGAUCGAGAUCCACAAUGCUCUUUCCGAAUCGAUGAAGAAGCUCCGAGAGGAAGGACCGGUUAUCAAGGAGAUCGGGGACCUCAUGCUGUCCCGGUUUGACGGGCCGGCGCGAGAGGAGAUCCAGCAGGUAGCUGCCGACUUCUGUGCAUAUCAGUCCGCGGCCAUUGAGUUGAUCAAAGCCAAGAAGCGGAAGGAGGCUCGCUUCCAGCUGUUCAUGCAGGAAGCCGAGAGCAACCCACAGUGCCGCCGCCUGCAGCUAAAGGACCUCCUCAUCUCGGAGAUGCAGCGUCUGACGAAGUACCCCCUCCUGCUGGAGAACAUCAUCAAACACACCCCUGGGGAGACUUUGGAGCACAGGAAGCUUUGCCGGGCCCGUGACCAGGGCCGUGAAAUCCUGAGGUACGUGAACGAGGCGGUGAGGCGUGCGGAGAAUCAGCAUCGCCUGGAGGCGUAUCAGAAGCGCCUGGACGCCACCUCUCUCGAGCGCACCAGCAACCCGCUAGCAGCUGAGUUCAAGAAUCUUGACCUGCGAAGUCGGCGCAUGAUCCAUGAGGGGCCAUUGAACUGGCGCAUCAGCAAAGACAAGACUGUGGACCUGCACGUCUUGCUGCUCGAAGAUCUCCUGGUGCUUCUUCAGAGGCAAGAUGAGAAAUUGGUGCUGAAGUGCCACAGCAAGACAGACACCAAGCAGCUCUUCAGCCCCGUCCUCAAGCUCAGCUCUGUCCUCAUCCGUUCUGUGGCCACAGACAAGCGGGCUCUCUUCAUCAUCUGCACCUCAGAAUUGGGACCCCAGAUCUACGAGCUGGUCGCUUCAACCUCUUCGGAGAAAAACACGUGGAUGGAGCUGCUGGACGAGGCUGUGAAGAGUACCACACGGACUGCCGGUUCCCCUCCCCAGCACCGUUCCCAGGAGCUGCCUCUGCCCCACCCUGCGCCUGCCAGUCUGGAGCUCCAAGAGGCAGACGUCCCCCCAGAUGUGCCCCAUAGAAAUGGCGCGUUCAGCCAGGCGACAGAAGAAGAGGCUGCUUCAGAUGAGACCCCCACGGAGGUCCUGGACGCAGAGAGGCACCCAGUGCCGUCACGAGAACCCGAGGCUGAAGACAGCCCGGAGGAAGAGGAAGAAUCACUGCCAGCUGCGUUGGCAGACCGGCCUGCGGGAGACGAGCGGAUUUCUUCUGAGGAAGGCGGGCCAGGGCUUAUCAGACCCGCGAAGCCCCUUUCAGCACUGGUGGUGAUGCCGAGUCUGGCCGAGUCAGCCUUGGAGGACGUGGAAACCCUGCGCCGCCUCCUCCUGCAGAACCUUCUUCCCUACCAAGACCCCGACCCCAAAGAGGACCUGACCCCAACACCAUCUGUGGUUGGCUCUGUGGGGCUGGCCCGGCAGGACUCGGGAAGCUGGGAGCAGCCAGUGGAGGGCAGCGAGCCCUCGCUAGUCUCUGGUCGCCUGCUGGUGGACUCUGAACGAGAUGGCGCCAGCCCUGAAGCACAAGGAGCGUGGAGCACGGGGGCAGCGGAGGCGGCCGCGGCUGCCGGUCAUGCAGACACGACAAAACUGCCCACCGGCCGGGCAGGCUCUCCGGAGGCAGAGGGGCUGGUGGCCCCCGAAGGGCAGGGCAGCUUCAGAGUAGUGCGGAAAGCCACGGUGGAGGGAGCUUGCGAUGCCCAACCCUUCCCAGCUGGCAGCCAGUCAGGCAGUGGCACAGGAGAGGGCCAGCACUUGGAUGGGAACUACUUCUACGUUAGCUUCCCGGCUGGUGCUGAGUCGCACACGGAUGCUGGCAGCCCGUGCCCUCCAGAGCCUGCUGGCCAGCAAAGGACUCUGUCUUCUGCCAGACCCCCCGGCUCCCAGAGGCACUCCAAGGAGAGGCCACUGUGGCCGAACGCCCUCGAUGGCUCCGUGCCUCCAGAGCUGCCCCCCUCCAGUCCAGUGACCCAGGAUGUGGCUGUGAUCUUCCGGACGAUAGAAGAGCUGACCCUGAAGCUGACCAAGCUCAAAGACGUCGAAUUGGCCCAUCAACAGCUGCGGACGUCACUCAGCGGAGAGGCUUCCACAGAGGCCGUCUCUGUGGCCAGUGCCCUGCGGGGGACCUGCAGAACUCCACCUGAGAGCCGUCGCAGCUCCCAAGGCGCCCGGAACCCUUCGCCCUUCCCGGAGUCCCCCGAGGCAGCCGAGCGCGGUGGGGUUCCCCCCUCUGAAGACAGCCAUCAAGAAGUGACCCUUUAGGGGACCGGCCUUGUUCUGAAGGAAGAUUCACACGCCACCGUCGGCUGCCCCCGCCUCCCAUCCCACGGGGGGUGGGCUGCCUGGAACAGAGCGGCCAGGGACAAGCCGGCAAGCAGCAUGAACCUAAGAGAAACUGGAAUCCCUUCUGCUGGUUUAAUUUAACCUAUUUUUAAGCGCUGCCUGGACUUCUUCCCGUGGGGGGGCGCUUUUUUGUGAUGGACAGCCAGUGAGGCCCUCCAGGUGGCGCCCGUUUUGUUCGCCGGCGCCAGGAAUUAUGCCCCGCCCCCACCCGCAUGUCUGCUCUGGGGCUUCAGCUCGGCUUCCCCGUCGCACCCCUCCGGGCCGAACUCUGUCCAUACCCUGCAGACUGGCUUGUCCCCUGUACAUGGAAGCUGGAAUAUACUCUGUAUAAUUGCACUUUUUUGGGGUGGUUUUGUUUCUCCUCUCCAUGCUUCUUGGAGUACCAGCUGCUUCCAGACCUUAAAUUUGAUAUAAAUAUGUAUGUAUGUGUAUUGAGUUAUUGUAAAUAUAAGAAUAGACUG